AUGAAUUUAAACUGGACUGGUCUUGUAAUUCUAGGCCUGUGCUUAUUUGCCUCAGUUUCUGCUAUGUACUUCGAUUUGGCGGAGCAGACGGAAAAGUGUAUCAUCGAGGAGAUUCCAGACGACACCCUUGUUACAGGAUAUUUCUUACUAGAGCACUGGAGUAAUAAGCAGGACAACUCACCACACCUCGGCUUAACCGUCACUGUUAAAGACCCAAACUAUGAGGUUUUGUUAAUGAAACGUUUUGGCAAAUAUGGAAAGUUCACCUUCACCUCUCACACCUCUGGUCAGCAUUUCCUGUGCAUGAAAUCAAACUCCACCAGAUUCUCAGUGUUUUCAAGAGAGCGACUGAAAGUGCAUCUAGAUGUGCAGAUAGGAGAACACACCAUCGAUCCCAGUGCUGUCAAGGCAGAAGACACAGUUCAAACAGUGGAGUACAGAAUGCGACACCUGAUUGACCAGAUGCACUACAUCAGCAAGCAACAGAGCUUCCAGAGGGAACGGGAGGAAACCUUUCGCCAGAUGAGUGAGGAAACAAACGGAAAUGUUUUGUGGUGGGCGAUCAUCCAAACUUUCAUCCUCCUCACUGUGGGUUUCUGGCAAAUAAGAAGUUUAAAAAACUUUUUCAUUGAAAAGAAGUUGGUUUAG